AAAAUGAAGAAAAGUUUGUCCUAAGUUGGCGCAAAAGUCAUGUUAUGAUAUAAUUUCAAGCGCUCCACCUCGAACGAAGCUAUUACCAGUCGGAGUAUCGAUUCCUGUUACUGGUUUGAAUUCCAAUUCUACCCAAUUUGCGUCUGUAAAUUAAUGCCCGCACAUGGACAACCCCCAAAUUUCCGCCUUGGACACCCCGAGAAGCUUUAAAGCACUGAAAUCCUUCUCUUUUUUCUCAAAUCUUCAAGCCGUGCUCGACCGCCAUUGUUGAAGAUGUCUUCAGACGGGAAUGCAAAGCGAAAGGCAGGGGAUUGGUCGAAAUGGCGCAUCGUUUUACUCUUUCUGUGCUCAAAUCUGGCAUCAAUUUUCCUGUUCUCUGGUCCAUUCAAUUGGGUUUCUUUACAGUACUUCCACCCUUGGGAAUCCCCAAAUCGGGCAACGCCCGCCAUGGAUGAGCUAAUAGCCAAACUGAACCAGACCCGGAACGAGUUGCAGUUAUCGAAGGAGUUUUCACAAGAACUAUCAGCCCAGAUCGAGCAGCUCACGAGGUUUCUCAGAACUUCUUUCGAAAACCCAAAUGGGAAUGCCCAUGAGGAAGAACACCAAUGGGGAUCAUGGGGGAAGCCAGAAGCCCUAACAGGGGAACUGAAGGAGUUCCUUUACCCCAAGAUGCUACCUUUAGGGUACAAUCCGAGCUUUGGAUCAGACACCAUUUAUGCUUCUGCAGGGCAGGCCUGUGCUCUGUUCAAGGAGGACACAGAGAAAUACAUGGAGUAUGAGGCAGGGGAUCUCUGUCCUGAGGAUGAAAUCUUGGCCCAGAAGCUCUUGCUUCGUGGGUGUGAGCCUCUGCCCCGUCGUCGCUGUUUUCCCCGCAGUUCCCCCAAUUACCAGGAGCCUUACCCAUUUCCUGAAAGCAUGUGGAAAACUCCCCCAAAUUCUUCUGUCGUCUGGACUGCUUAUACCUGUAAGGACUAUGCCUGCUUAAUCGAUCGAAAAAAUCACCCUGGUGUUGAGGAUUGCAAGGACUGUUUCGAUCUGCAAUUCAGGGAGAAGAGCCGCUGGCUGCGCCCUGGUGGAUCACUGGAUUUCUCCAUUGAUGAAGUUCUUGCCCUGAAGAAGAAAACGAUCCGGAUCGGGCUCGACAUUGGCGGCGGAACGGCCACAUUUGCAGUCCGGAUGCGCGAGCGGAAUGUGACCAUUGUGACCACUUCCAUGAAUUUCAAUGGUCCUUUUAACAAUUUCAUUGCUUCCAGAGGAGUUGUGCCGCUGUACAUCACCAUUAAUCAUAGAUUGCCGUUUUUUGACAAUACCUUGGACAUUGUUCAUUCUAUGCAUGUUUUGAGUAAUUGGAUUCCUACCCAGUUGCUGGAAUUUAUAUUGUAUGAUAUUUACAGGGUGUUGAGGCCUGGUGGGGUUUUUUGGCUGGAUCAUUUCUUUUGUAUAGAGCAUCAGCUGGAAACUUAUGUGCCCAUGAUUGAAAAUCUGGGGUUUAAUAAGCUUAAGUGGGCUGUUGGGCAGAAGCUGGAUAGAGGGGCUGACAAGAAGGAAAUGUAUAUCUCGGCUGUCUUGGAGAAGCCUCUUGUGGGGCAUUGAUAAUGAUUUGCAGGGCACCUGCACAGAAAUUUUAGUUUGUCGGGGCACUUGCAAAAGCCUAUUUUGAAAUUUGAGAUUUAUAGUUGGUGAGCGAGUGCUCUUCCUCAGUUUGAAAUUUAAUAUCUUCCAGGUUAAUGGCGUCUUUCUUUAUAUGUUUUCAUGCCUUCAAUAUUAAUAUGAAUUUUAUUUGUUGGUGUUUAUUGAUA